CCACCGAUCCAAUCAAAAAAACCUGACAGAGAAGAAUGAAGAGUAGAGUCAUGUAGAAAGAAGGGGAUUAGAAGAUGAAGAGAGCGGUGUUGGUAUCUAUUUGGUAUCUUCAACUAAUUCCAUUGAUAAGUUGUGUGGUGGAUCGGAGUCAGUUUCCUGCAACAUUUCUUUUUGGGACAGCUACAUCUUCUUAUCAGAUCGAGGGUGCUUACUUAGCGGGUAACAAAAGCCUUAGCAAUUGGGAUGUAUUCACUCACAUACCAGGAAAAGUUAUGGACGGAAGCAAUGGAGAUGUUGCAGAUGAUCACUAUUAUCGUUACAUGGAAGACGUGGAGUUAAUGCAUUCCCUAGGAGUAAAUUCUUACAGAUUCUCAAUUUCAUGGUCUAGAAUCCUCCCAAGAGGUAGAUUUGGAGGAGUUAAUUCUGUGGGAAUUGAAUUCUACAACAACAUUAUAAAUGCUAUCUUGCUCAGAGGGAUACAACCAUUUGUUACAUUGAACCAUUUUGACAUUCCUCAAGUACUUGAGGAUCGAUAUGGGUCAUGGCUAAAUUCACAAAUACAGCAGGAUUAUGGAUACUUUGCAGAAGUAUGUUUCAAAGCUUAUGGUGAUAGGGUGAAGUAUUGGAGCACAUUCAAUGAGCCAAACAUGACAAUCACAUUAGGUUACCUUAGUGGAGAUUUUCCACCAAACCACUGCUCACAAUCUACCAUCUGCAUAUCUGGGGACUCAGCUAUUGAACCAUACAUUGCUGCACACAAUUUAAUAUUAUCACAUGCUACUGCAGUUGAUAUCUAUAGAAAAAAAUUUCAGGCCAAGCAAGGUGGUAUGAUAGGGAUUGUACUAAAUGCAGCUUGGUAUGAACCACUCAGAAGCAUUCCAGCAGAUCAUUUGGCAGUUCAAAGAGCUCUUGCUUUUGACAAUGCUUGGUUCUUGGAUCCUAUAAUGUAUGGUGAUUAUCCUCCUGAAAUGCAUCAGAUUUUGGGUAAUAGGUUACCGACAUUUUCGAUGAAGGAAAAGGAUAAGUUAAUGAAUAAGCUGGAUUUUGUUGGGAUUAAUCAUUAUACAACAAAGUAUGUGAAAGAUUGCUUGUUCACUCCAUGUAAUGUGGGUACUCUUCAAGGGGAUUCCUUUGUGUAUUUCACAGGAGAAAGAGAUGGUGUCCUUAUUGGAGAGCCAAUGGCGAUGUCAGGCUACUAUGUGGUUCCAUAUGGUAUAGAGAAGAUUGUCUUAUAUUUUAAAGAACGAUACAACAAUACUCCCAUGUUUAUCACAGAAACUGGGUUUCCACAAACAAGUUAUCCAGGUGCUUCUGUUAAAGACCUUCUCAAUGACACAAAGAGAAUAGAAUUUUUGAAUGAUUACUUAACCUUUCUUGCUAAAGCCUUGAGGGAUGGUGGAGCUGAUGUGAGGGGUUAUUUCAUAUGGUCUCUUAUUGACAACUUUGAAUGGUUAUUUGGAUAUACUUUGCGAUUUGGGCUUUAUUACGUGGAUUGGUUAACACUAGAGAGAAUACCCAAAUUAUCGGCUACAUGGUAUCGGCAAUUUCUGAAUGGAAACAAUAUCCUCAACUACAUGACUUUUCCAUCCAACUCUACUUACCAUCCUAGCUAAUGCUAGAUCGAUGUAUUAUAUACAAUGUGAUAAUGUACAUUAAUUACUUGAUUUGUAAUUGU